UGCAAAUGAAAUAAAUUUCACUACACUAUACUCAAACGCAGCACAUACCAUAAUACCCUGCGACUGCGUUUUUUCUAUUCUCUCUUCUCUCUCUGAAUUUUGUUGUGAACAAAGUUGCUUUUGUGCAGUGUGGUGAGACCCUAAACGACCUCGUUUUCACGUUCUCUGAGAAUGGAAGCGCGAAGUCGCUCCGUGGAAGACAUAUUCGAGGAUUUCAAGGGGCGAAGAGCAGGCAUCAUCAAAGCCCUCACCACCGAUGUUGAAGAUUUCUACAGCCAAUGUGAUCCUGAGAAGGAGAAUUUGUGCUUAUAUGGAUUACCCAGUGAGCAGUGGGAAGUAAAUUUACCUGUUGAAGAAGUUCCUCCAGAGCUUCCUGAGCCUGUCCUGGGCAUUAACUUUGCUAGGGAUGGCAUGCAGGAAAAAGACUGGCUAUCUUUAGUUGCUGUUCAUAGUGAUACAUGGUUGCUUGCCCUUGCCUUUUAUUUUGGAGCCAGAUUUGGAUUUGAUAAAACUGACAGGAAACGACUAUUCAGUAUGAUCAACGAACUACCAACAAUAUUUGAAGUUGUUACUGGUGGUGGAACAAAGAAGCCAGUUAAAGAGAAGUCUUCAGUUUCGAACAACAGUGGAAACAAAUCUAAGUCUAACUCUAAAGUGCGGGUUUCCGAAACCCAGGGCAGACAGUCAAAGGCAUUGUUACAACCAAAAGACGAGGAUGAAGGACUAGAAGAGCAAGAUGAAGAUGAGCAUGGAGAGACCUUGUGUGGGGCAUGUGGUGAGAAUUAUGGCACUGAUGAGUUCUGGAUUUGCUGUGACAUCUGCGAGAAGUGGUUCCAUGGCAAAUGCGUGAAGAUAACUCCUGCUAGGGCAGAGCACAUCAAGCAAUACAAGUGUCCAUCGUGCAGUAACAAGAGAGCUCGCUAAUCAAGUUUCCGUUAUGGACAAACUUUGUUCGAGCCUUUACUAAUCUGGUUAAUAUGUUUUUCUUUCUAGAUGUAGUUGAUGGAUAGUUUUUCUGUUUGACACAUGUAGAUUUUUUGUCUUUUGUGUUGGUUGUCUUGGGAAAGUUGUCUUUUCCUAAGCCUUGCCCUAGCUACGGAUUCACGUUGGCAUAAGCUUCAUAUGAAUGGGGUUGAAACCUCAAUCUCCUGGCCAGCUUAAAUAUUAAGGAAAUUGAAGUGCUACAACAUUUGCACCAAAUGAAUGGAUGGCAUUUUAACAUGUUAA